GUGAGAGAGCGAGAGCGAGAGAGAGGGAUGGUAUAUAAGCAGAGUUCUCCAAAAGAACGUUUGCUACACUAGUUAGAAACAGACACCUAGCUGCCUGCCAUCCAGCACCUUUCACCAAAUUUUCCAAAGUAUAUCUCACCAUGCAGGGUCAAAACCACAGCAAAGCAACGCAAGGUGUGUGUCUGGUGGCUCUGAUUCUUAUGCAUCAGGUGUGUGCUAGUCCAAUAGGAAGCCAUGAUUCAAGGCUGAGUCUGCAGCAGGGCACCAAGCUACUGGAACGGAGAACCCGCAUGACCCCCCUGUGGAGGUUCAUGGGUACCAAGCCCACUGGGGCCUACUGCCGAGACCAUUUUGAGUGCUCCACCCAAAUCUGCAGAAGGGGCCACUGUGCCCUCAAUGGGGCAGUUCAUUCCUAGAAGUGGAGGAGCCAGAGGUUUCUUCUCACCAAUCAGAGAACAUUGACUAAUGUUUUAAUGGAGUUGAUUUACGUAACAAGCAGGUCAAGAAUCUUCCCAGACAUGGUGAAACUUAUCAGAUUGCAAACUGUUUUUUUUUUUAUUUAGGCCAGAGAUGAAACAUUUUGAAAUUAGAGGAAUGGCUUUAUCAACUUGGUGUAUAUUGAUCUCACAUGUACUUGAAAGCACUUUAACUUACCAUUUAUGAGUAUGUACUGUAUAAUACUACAACUCAAGAGCGUUGAAACUAUUUUUAUUUUAUUUUGUAUUUUCUCCCCAUUAGCUGUUGCGAAAGCAGCAGCUAUUCUUCUUGGGGUCCACACAAUGAUCACCAUUAAACAUGGCUGUAAAUGUCCUACAUGAAGAAUGACAUCCUAUACACCGGCGUUUAGUUUAGUUGAAAUGUUUAGUAUGCACUGUUAAGUGUGUACUAAAGUGAAUAUGAACCAUUCAUCCAUGUGCUGUACUGUACCUAUUCUUGCUUACUCACGUCUAAUGUCUUUGUAGUGAUUUUUAUAGAAAUAGUAUAACGAAGAGGCAAAAUGUCAGAUGUAUUUGAAAAAGGUAAUACACCAAAGAUUUGCGCACAAAUUAAUGCAAAGGUGAAAUAUUUGCAUAAGAGCGUACUGUAAAGGAAUCAAUGUACUGUGCCUGUCUACACUUACAUUGUUUAACAAGAGAAGACGCACUUAAAGUUGCAAAAAUAAAAGUACAUUUCUGAUCA